AUGAAAUUAUCGACAAUUUUCGUAUAUCUUGUAUUGUUGUCCACAGUUUCCGCUGCCGAAGUCGACGACGAUGAUGCUGAUGAUGACCACCACUCGAUAUCUACCACCAGUAGUGAAGAACCGCCCGAUGAUGAUGACUACGGGACCUACGAUGACCAAACAGUUGACAAUAAUACGGGAACCGAUAUGUCGUCACCGCUAUCACUGCAGCCAAUACAGACACUGUUGAAUACGUUGUGGUCGCGCCAAUUGAACCGUACGGACGACACUAGAGAACUGUUUCUACGAUUUCAUUGGACAGUCGGACAGACUAUCGAAGCAGUUAUUCGUACUUUACUACCGGUGCUUAUGGAGGAUCUCUAUCAGAUGUCGCUGCCCGAGGACUGUCUCCGUACACUUUACCGAAUGGUGGACGCCGUACGUACACAAAAACAAUGGCCAUUUGAUUUUAUUGACUCGUCCGCCCGGUUCCCGUUUGCCGGACUAUUUACCGGCACUAACGCCGACUACGGCGACUACGAUCAGUGUCUGGACAUUGACUAUCGUGAAGACGAUAUGCAAGUCACUGGUCAAUACUGUAUGAGCCGAAUAUGGAUACCGAUGACAACUAGCGAAAAACAACUGCGUUUUUACGGCCAACCCGUUAUCAAUAUUACCGGUACGCCACUGGACGGUACGUUUUGGGAACAGAUAGUAAGCACAGCUAAAUAUUUCUAUAUUGCGCGCGGCCUAAACCUUGGUCUGUGUACGCCCAGAACGUGCUCGCGGCACGUGUUGAAGAGUUUGCUAGAAAAAUACAUAGCACCUACCGGUCUCGGUUUCACUAUCGACAGGUGCGAAACCCGUUCAUCCAUCACUAGCGUCCAACUGUCUACCGUACAGAUUAUUUCCAUAACAAUUUACGGGAUACUACUACUCGUAUGUCUGGCCGCCUCACUGGCCGAUACUCUAUCCCUGUCCCGUAACCCAUUGUUCAUAGCGUUUUCGGUACAGCGCAAUAUGCGUGCCCUGUUUGCCCGGUCAACGCAUACGCCACGAUUGGCUACCGUUCACGGCUUGCGCGUAGUGGCCAUCUUCUGGAUACUAUGCGGUCACGUCUAUCUAAUGCAAUUUUUUCGCGUGUUUCCCGUCAUUCGUCGACCACUGGCCGAUCUGCCCCGAGCAGCUUGGCUUCGGUAUCAGCCGCUCAAAGUGGGCGCCUUUCUACAGGUCGACACGUUUUUCUGUCUCGGUGGUAUGACCGCAGCGUUUGUCACACUCGAGAUGACCGUACGGGUCGCCCGACGUUUCGAUUAUUUUGCUUUUCUAGUUUUCCGUUGGCUUCGCUACACACCAGCCGUACUCGGACUGGUACUACUCUAUCCAUUGCUACCUCUACUGGGCUCCGGACCCAUAUUUACCUCAGCCAUCACUGGUCUCUCCCAGCCGUGCGAACUAUACUUUUGGCGUAAUUUACUGUAUUUUAACAACUUUUACGGCACCGACGGCAACUGCGCAACCCAUACCUGGUAUUUGGCGGCCGAUUUCCAGCUCUACGCCGUACUGACACCAAUAUUACUGUAUGUCCUGCAACGUCAACAAGCCGUUGGCCUCGCGCUGGCCGCUGUCCUGGUGGUCAUGUCGUGCGGCAUAUCUAUUGUACCGCCACUGAUGGACAAUACUAUUCUGCCAACAAUGUACUCAUUGAACAACAUAUUGUCCGAAGAGGCCAUUGAUCGGCAUUUUCUAAACCUAUACUGGCCGGCCGUCCAACACAUCAGUCCCUAUACACUGGGACUGGUAGUUGGCUAUCUCGUACACCGACACCAUCGCAAAGUUCAAAUAUCGUCGCCCAUACGUCUACUGGUUUGGACACUGACCACUAGCACAGCUGUGGCCAGUAUAUUCUGGUCGACCACUUGGAUGGACUCGACCGCCGCAAGCGAACCGGCCGGUUAUGUCGAACGGCUGUUAUUUACGGCCACUCAUCGGCUCAUGUGGUCAGUACUGCCAGCUUGGAUAGUACUGGUCAGUGCGUUCGGCAAACCCGGUUGGCUGGGCCGGGUGUUGGCCUCACCGAGUUGGGUACCGCUGUCUCGGCUAACCUAUUGUAUCUAUUUGUGCCAUUUGGUACCGAUAGUAUUGCGCGCCUACACUAUACGCCAGACAACCGCCUUUUCCGAUAUGGACAAUUGGUCCGCCAUAGCUCUAUGCUCUAUACUGUCCAUACUGUUGGCACUGGUAUUACAUGUGAUGUUUGAGAAGCCGUUCGCCGAAUGGCUGAACUUAUUGAGGAAAUCAAGUGUCGGAGAGUCAAAGUGA